UUCACGCAUUUUCGCAAACAUAUUUGAGUGCAUAGCUUCACAGCAAGAAUGUUAUUUACUCAUCGUGAUUAGUAUUGCACAACGACAACUGAUCCCGAGGCAGUGGGGGGCUGUAAACGGAAAAGCGAGGACAGCAAGGGGGGGAAAUGGAAGACGAACGCAGAGAUGCCCUGAUUCUCUGGGGAGAAGCAGAGGAGGCUCAGCUGGACGUCUAGGGUUUUCUUGGCGUUCUCCUCAGAUCAGGCAUUUCAACGAGCAAGUUGGAAGCAUGAGGUUGACACCGAGAGAGGUCGAGAAGUUGGGCCCGAGAGAGGUUGAGAAGUUGGCACUGCACCAGGCUGGGUUUCUUGCUCAGAAGCGCUUGGCUCGUGGCCUACGCCUCAAUUACACUGAGGCUGUCACUCUUAUAGCAACUCAGAUUCUGGAGUUUGUUCGUGAUGGCGACAAGACUGUUGCAGAGUUAAUGUGCAUUGGGAAACAGCUUCUUGGGAGGCGACAAGUUCUUCCAGCUGUUCCACAUCUUCUAGAUAGAGUUCAGGUUAAUGGUACAUUCAUGGAUGGAACAAAGCUGAUCACCAUACAUGAUCCUAUUGCAUGUGAUAAUGGCAAUCUGGAGCUGGCAUUACAUGGCUCAGUUUUCCCCGUUCCUUCACUUGAUAAAUUUGUGGUGGAUGUAGCUGAUUGUGUUCCUGGUAAAUUCAUAUGUCGAUGUGACGAGAAGAUCAUCCUAAAUGUUGGACGUAAGAUUGUUAGAUUGAAAAUUGUAAACAAGGCAGACAGGCCUAUUCAGAUAGGAAGCCAUUAUCACUUCAUUGAGGUGAACCCCUACCUGGUUUUUGAUAGAAGAAAGGCUUAUGGUAUGCGGUUAAAUAUAUGUGCAGGGACUGCUACUCGAUUUGAGCCAGGGGAUACCAAAUACGUCACCCUUGUCAGCAUUGGAGGUGAUAAAAUUAUUAGAGGUGGAAAUGGCAUUGUGGAUGGCCCUGUUGAUUAUUCCAAGCUUGAUGAAGUGAUGGACGAUGUGAAAGCUAAAGGGUUUGGGAAUGAAGAAGAACCAGAUGCAAGUGAAGGUGUUAUUGGGGAAUUCGAUCGACAUGAUGGCAGCCAUUGUCCUCUUGAAAUUAUAGAAGUUUCACGUGAAGACUAUGCAAAUAAGUAUGGGCCCACUACUGGGGACAAGAUAAAGCUUGGCGACACUGAAUUAUAUGCAGAAAUUGAAAGGGAUUUUGCAGUUUAUGGUGAUGAAUGUGUAUCUCGAGGUGGAAAGGUUUUGCGUGAUGGAAUGGGACAGGCAGCAGGCUGUCCAACCUCAGCAUGCAUAGAUACUGUUAUCACCAAUGCUGUAAUUAUUGACUAUACAGGAAUAUACAAGGCUGAUAUUGGGAUCAAAGGAGGAAAUAUUAUUGCUAUUGGAAAGGCUGGGAACCCUGAUAUCAUGGAUGGUGUUUUAAGACAUAUGAUUGUUGGGGUUAGCACUGAAGUUAUCGCAGGAGAAGGCAUGAUUGUAACUGCUGGGGGCAUAGAUUGUCAUGUGCACUUCAUAUGUCCUCAGUUGGCACAAGAGGCUAUAGCAAGUGGUAUCACUACACUUGUGGGAGGUGGGACAGGACCUGCAGAUGGAACUCGUGCCACUACUUGCACAACAGCCCCAUGUCAUAUGCAGUUAAUGCUGCAGUCAACUGAUGACCUGCCAAUCAAUAUCGGAUUCACUGGCAAGGGAAAUAGUGCUAAACCAGAAGGAUUAAUGGAAAUUGUCGAGGCAGGUGCUAUGGGUUUAAAGCUUCAUGAGGACUGGGGAAGCACUCCUGCUGCUAUAAAUAAUUGUUUGGCAGUUGCUGAGAUAUUUGACAUCCAAGUUAACAUCCAUACAGACACUUUGAAUGAAUCUGGCUGUGUGGAACACACCAUUGAUGCCUUUAAGGAUAGAACAAUCCACACUUACCACAGUGAAGGUGCAGGUGGUGGUCAUGCUCCAGAUAUCAUCAAAGUUUGUGGUGUGAAAAAUGUCUUGCCCUCAUCAACAAAUCCAACCCGACCUUUUACUUCAAAUACUGUAGAUGAGCACCUUGACAUGCUGUUGGUAUGCCAUCACCUCUGUAAAAACAUCAAGGAAGAUGUGGCCUUUGCAGAGUCUCGUAUACGUCCGGAGACAAUUGCUGCAGAAGACAUCUUGCAUGAUAUGGGUGCCAUUAGUAUUAUAGCUUCUGAUUCACAGGCUAUGGGCCGUGUUGGAGAGGUAAUUACUCGAACAUGGCAAACAGCUCACAAGAUGAAAGUGCAGAGAAGAUUAAUUGAACCAAAUGGGUGUGAAAACGAUAACUUCCGAAUCAAACGCUAUAUAGCAAAAUAUACCAUAAAUCCAGCCAUAGCUAAUGGAUUUUCUAAUUAUGUCGGUUCUAUAGAGGUUGGAAAAAUUGCUGAUCUUGUCAUGUGGAAACCUUCUUUCUUUGGUGUCAAACCAGAAAUGGUGAUCAAAGGUGGUGUGAUUGCAUGGGCCAACAUGGGUGAUCCAAAUGCUAGUAUUCCUACACCUGAACCGGUAAUGAUGAGGCCGAUGUUUGGUGCAUUUGGAAAGGCUGCAAGCGUUAACUCUAUUGCUUUUGUGAGCAAGGUUGCGAAAGAAGCCGAUGUAGGAACCAAGUAUGGUCUCAAAAAGCGGGUGGAAGCUGUCGGUAAUGUUCGCGGGCUGACAAAGCUAAACAUGAAGCUCAAUGAUGCUCUCCCAAAGAUCAGUGUCGACCCCGAAUCCUACAUAGUGACAGCCGAUGGAGAGAUUCUCAAAUGUGAUCCAGCCUCAUCGGUCCCCUUGUCCAGAAACUACUUCCUCUUUUGAUCAGCUGUUGGGUUUGAUCCUCUUCACUUUGAAAGGCCAUUGGUUUGCGGAGAAAUGAUGAGAAACGCCAAAAUGGCAAAGACGUGUUGUGUGGUUAAGUAAGGUAUCCUUUUCUUUUCUUUUUUUUUUCAUUUUAAGAAAAUGUUCCUCAUCUUUAAUAAUUGGUAGUACAUUUAAUCUUUAUUUUCA